GUGACGUUCUUCGAUCAUACACAUGGACAUAUAUUUAGCAUUUAAAAUACUACAGGGAGGAACAAUGCGUGCACUAUAAAUAUUUAUCGCCGUUAAAACCUGCAUCAGUUAGUGCUGAGUACCAGUUCUGGAUUGGCGCAAUCCAUUGGGUGACAUUGGCGACGGCGCUUGCGCUACAGACUGGCGGGCUGCUGCUCGGGAACUAUGGAGGAGAAAGCCAAAGGUGACAGCGGUAAGGAGCAAGAGGCGACCUCCGCCUCCUCCUCAUACCAGCGGAGGAUGUGGAAACACUUUCAGGACCGGACCAGACCGUUCCUGAGCCCUAAACUUGGUUCGGAAAGACGCAGCGCGGACGGGAAGAAGGAGAGCGGCUUGUGGAUGUUCAAGCGUAAAAAGAAACCGGUUUUGGACCGCAUCUUCUCCUCGUCUCAGCCUAACCUAAGCAGCUCCAUCACGGCCUCUGUAAAGGUGAAAGCGGAGCCGGGUUCCAGUGAAGGACGGCUAAAGUCACAGCUGGCUGCAGUGGAGGGAGUUCCGGUGUUUAAACCUGAGAUAUCAGUGUCGGCUCAUGGAAGUCCCAGGCUCACGGUGGCUCAUCUGAGCGCGUCCCAGCAGAAGAGCUCGUCGCUCGGCUCGGCGUGUUUUGAAACGCUGCUGCUGGAUACAGCCGCAUCAGAUCAGGAUGACACGCACACAAAACCCAGCGAAUCAGGCAUCAACACUGUUGGGGUGAGUAAUGUGGAUCCUCCACCUGUCAUCAUAUGCCCCGGGAUGUACCAGCUGGACAUCGUUCUGAAAAAAGGCCAUAAUCUUGCCAUCAGGGACAGAGGAGGCACCAGUGACCCCUAUGUGAAGUUUAAAAUCGCAGGGAAGGAGGUGUUCCGAAGCAAGAUCAUACAUAAGAACCUGAACCCAGUGUGGGAGGAGAAAGUCACUCUGUUGUUGGAUAAUUUAAAAGAACCACUCUAUGUCAAGGUCUUUGAUUACGAUUUUGGUCUGCAGGAUGACUUCAUGGGUUCUGCCUACCUUUAUCUGGAGUCCCUGGAACAUGAAAGGACCCUGGACGUGACCCUUGACUUAAAGGACCCCCACUACCCUGAUAAUGACCUGGGCUCUCUGGAACUGGCGGUUACUCUCACUCCUAAAGAAGGGGAUUUCAGGGAAGCUCAGCAUCAGAGUCAGAGGUUAUCAGAAGUCCACAGGAAAGCACAGCUGUGGAGAGGCAUCGUCAGCAUUAGAUUGAUUGAGGGUCAGAACCUGCAGCCCAUGGACGCUAAUGGCCUGAGUGACCCCUAUGUCAAAUUCAGGAUGGGUCAUCAAAAAUACAGAAGCAAGACAAUAAAUAAAACGUUGAACCCUCAGUGGAGAGAACAGUUUGACUUUCACAUGUAUGAAGAGCAGGGCGGCUUUGUGGACAUCACAUUGUGGGAUAAAGACGCUGGCAAAAAGGAUGACUUUAUGGGCAGGUGUCAGGUCGACCUGUCGCACCUGUCUAAAGAGUGCACACACCGACUGGACCUGCCACUGGAGGAGGGUGAGGGCACGCUGGUACUGCUGGUCACCCUCACCGCCUCAGCUGCCGUCUCCAUCUCGGACCUGUCCGUCAACAUGCUCGAUGACCCGCACGAGAGGAGAGAGAUUAUGCAUCGAUAUGGUCUUCUGAGAAGCUUUCACAACAUGAAAGACGUUGGUGUGGUGCAGGUGAAAGUCAUUCGAGCAGAGGGACUGAUGGCUGCUGAUGUUACAGGCAAGAGUGACCCCUUCUGUGUGGUGGAGCUCAGCAAUGACCGUUUACAGACCCACACUGUGUACAAGAACCUCAAUCCCGAGUGGAAUAAAGUCUUCACAUUCAAUGUGAAAGACAUCCACUCAGUACUGGAGGUUACAGUCUACGAUGAAGAUCGGGACAGAAGCGCCGACUUCUUGGGCAAAGUCGCCAUUCCGCUGUUAAGUAUCCAAAACGGUGAACGGAAAGCUUACGCCUUGAAAAGCAAGCAGCUGACAGGGCCAACAAAAGGGGUCAUCUUUCUCGAAAUAGACGUGAUUUAUAAUGCUGUGAAAGCCGGUCUCAGGACACUGAUUCCCACUGAGCAGAAAUACAUCGAAGAGGAGCCCCGAGUUUCUAAACAGUUGCUACAGCAAAACUUCAACAGAGUGCGGCGCUGCAUCAUGUUUCUUAUUAACACUGGCUGCUACAUUAACAGCUGCUUCGAGUGGGAGUCUCCUCAGAGGAGCAUCUGUGCCUUCAUUCUCUUCGUAUUGGUGGUGUGGAACUUCGAGCUGUACAUGAUCCCGCUGGCCUUGCUGUUGCUCCUGGCUUGGAACUACGUCCUCAUUGUUUCAGGAAAGGACAAUCGACAGAGAGAUGUGCAAGCAUUAGAGGAUCUUCUAGAGGAUGAGGAUGAUGACUUUGACAGAGAUGACAAGCUGCCGGGCUCUCACCAUAGCCGUCUGCCGGAAAGCCAUAUCCUUGAGGAUAUUUUGGCUUCUUGGCACUUUGAGUGGAUUCGCGUGAUGGUGGACUCGGAAAGAAAAGGCUUCAUGAACAAGCUGUAUGCCAUUCAGGACGUCUGCAUCAGUGUGCAAAGUGCACUGGAUGAAGUAGCUUCCUACGGUGAAAGAAUAAAAAAUACCUUCAACUGGACUGUGCCUUUUCUCAGCUGGCUUGCCAUAGUGGCACUAUGUGUGGCCACACUUAUAGUUUACUUCAUUCCUCUCAGAUACAUCAUUCUGGCCUGGGGGGUAAAUAAAUUCACCAAGAAGCUGAGAGACCCGUACACCAUCGACAACAACGAGCUACUGGACUUCCUCUCCCGAGUGCCCUCUGAUGUGCAAGUGAUGCAGUACAGCGAGCUGAAAGUGGAUCCCUGUCACAGCCCAACCAAAAGGAAAAAAAAUAACCCGGGGUAGAUGCUUCCACCAACGACUCUCAUGUGUACUUGCAUGCCACAGACCAGCACUGAUGUACACUGGCUAGGUGUUCUGUCCAUUUUUGAUUCAUCCUCAGUUUCUCUAUCUUUAACCCUCUGUUUUUUUUAACAGAAGGGUUUGUGUAAAAAAAAAAAAAAAAAAAAAAGGAGAGGCGCACUCUUAAUUAUCACCAUGAGGGUCGUACCUGUAUACUUUUAAUGCAGAGGAGAGUGUGAAAAACUCUUGACCCCUUUUAGAGGCGUACAGCUGGAGCUAUUUGUCACAGGAUGGCAUUAAGCAGAUGGCUCUAAAAGCCAAGGUGUCCUUCCAGUGCAGCUACAAAGACAGGCAAUGGCUCAGCCGAAAACGCUCAGCCGAUAACACAGGACUGGAGAAGCUAAUCAUACGUCUUGUGAUGGAAUCUGAUGGUUAGGUAGUGAGUUACACUAUGUAAUUUCUUCAGAUUGUGCUGUUGUACCCGUUGCCCUCUACAGCAGCUACUGAAGUUGUUUGGAGUAACUGUUAGUUACUGUUACAAGUCUCAAGUGCUUAAAAGAGUGUAGAGCCUGUGUUAUUGUAUUUUUUUCUUUUACAAUUUAAUGGUAUGAAUGUUGCAUGCUUGGCUGAUUUUAUUAUUAAAGAAAAAAAGAUUGGCAUGUUGACCAUACCAUACCAGACCAUAUUUAAUUAAACUCUGCUUUGUGCCCCUCCUUGACUUGAGAUGCUAUCCUGCCAGUAAGGGUACUGGUGUUGGUGACAUAUGGGACAGUGAUUGUCUAAUGGGUAGAGCUUUGGGCCAU